CAACAUGGCGCAGAAACAACGUGGGAAAACAACCUCGGCGUCAAAAACGGCGGAUCCCGAAAAAAAUGCAGAAAAUAUCAAUUUAGUGUUGGAGUCCAGCGACGAUGAGACGCCGGAGGAGGUGACCUUUGAAGACUCAAAGGCUGCGGCUCUGCGGAGCAUGAAACAGGCGCUGGACACAGCCAGAAGAGAAAAAGAGCUGCUGAAAGAGAAGAGAAGGAAGAGGCAGGAAUUAUUCCAGGAACAGAAGGUAUGUGACUGUGUUUUAGUACCACAAAUGACCAGUAAGGGACUGUUCGUUAUUAAACGCAUCAUUAAACUUCGAAUUAAGCACAG